AUGGAGGCGCCCUACGCGGUUCCAGUUGAUGAUGUCACCAAGCCCAAUGCAUCGCCGACGGAAGUAGCGGUGGCGAUCCCGGUCGAAGACCCGAAGCCAGACAAGGACCCGUCCGGGAUCAUGCUCGGCAAAUGGGAAGCGCAGUUCUGUGGCUGCUGCACGCACUGCGUCCCCAACUGUCUCAUGGCGACGUGUUGCCCCUGCGUCUCGGUGGCGCAGAUCACAGCUCGACUGGGGCUGACGACUUACACCUGCGUGUUGAUCACUCUUGUGCUGUUGUUCUCGUUCACUUGUGGGAUUGCACACGCGAUCCUCUUUGUGUGGAUCUGGCAGCUACGUCAACUCACCCGAGAGCGCUUCAAGAUCCCUGGUGGCUGUUGCGAGGACUACUGCGCAUCCUUUUGGUUCCCGUGCUGCACACUCGCGCAAAUCGCUACGCACAUCAAGAGCUAUAAGCCCGGUACCUGCGACUUCGGCCCGCAAGACACUCUCCCCCCAUACAAGCAAGCAUAA